UUCACUUGAGGAACCCCGAUUUCAAAGGAUCGUCCACAAACGAAUGUCGGAUGUAAAACUUGCAGCGGAGAGUCACCUAUCCAUUUUAGAAACUAAAUGAAGAUGCAGGGUUUACGAUAUUUGCUCCUCCUGAUGUCCAUCAAUUUUGCUACUUCAGUUGGGCUUUGCGAUGGGAAAUCUUUAGGUGAAAUCGCCAGUUUGGAAGACACAAUGUUCAUUCAAGCAGAAGAACAAAGCCUUGAGGAACAACAUGACUUUAACUCCAAAUUGGAGAACUAUUUGGGCUUCAUGAAGGAAGAUUUUUUGAGGAAGCUGAAUUUAUCAGGCGUGCCGCAAGAACAACGAAAGGUUCAGCCUCCUCAGUUCAUGAUCGAACUCUAUAAUAAAUAUGCUUCUGACAAGACUUCCAUCCCUCGGUCGGAUGUCAUCCGAAGCUUCGCCAUACAGGAUGUUAUUUAUUCCAUUAGACAGGGCAACAAAACACAACACAGACUGCUAUUCAACAUUUCCAUCCCAAAUCAUGAAGAGAUCACAUCAGUCCAGCUGAGGCUGUUCACUCUCUGGGAAAGAAGUAAAAACACCUGCACUGACCUCUUCACAUCCAUCAAUGUUUAUAAUGUAGAUUGCGAGCAGAAUGCAAACAUGUUAAAUCUUCUAGAUGGGAGAGACGUAACUGAGGGCGAAAACACUUGGGAGGCUUUUGACGUGACCAGAGCUGUCAGGAGCUGGCACGAAUCUGGACGUGGGGUCGGCGAACUUCAGGUGGAGAUCAAACAAGACUGUGAAUCCCUUGCCAUAAGCCUGGGUUUGGAGGACAACAGCUCGGCAGUCGUAAUAGUAUUUUCAAAUGAUCUCGGGAACAGAAAGGGAGAGUCAAUGAAAGAGGUAAAAGAGAUGCUUCUUCAUGAGAAGCAACGGGUGUUUUGGGGCAAUCGUGUUCCUGUGAACCAGCACUACAGGAAGAAGAGAAAAGUAACAAACAAUUACUGUCGGAGAACUUCUCUGAAGGUGAACUUCAAAGACAUCGGAUGGGAUAAAUGGAUCGUGGCCCCGCCCGAGUAUGACGCUUACGAGUGUAAAGGCGUGUGUUAUUUCCCCCUGACAGACGAUGUAACCCCCUCUAAACAUGCUAUCAUCCAAACUCUGGUUAACCUGAGCAAUCCCAAAAAGGCAAACAUGGCAUGUUGCGUCCCAACCAAGCUGGAUCCAAUUGCAGUCAUGUAUCAAGAAAAGGGUGUCAUCACGGUCCGACACCUCUACGAGGAGAUGAAAGUAGCAAAGUGUGGAUGAGCGUUUCUAGGAUUUGACAGCAUCUGGGACAUAGACCAAAACAUCAGGGGCUAUAAUCCCCCUUAGAGAUUUUUGUUUUACAUUUUAAUACAGAAACAUACUCUACACAAAAACAGAUGUCAAUGCUUGGCCAAGCAUGUGGUCCUGUUGUACAUACUAGCAAGAAACCUCAAGGGGGUGAUAGAGUAUCGGCCCCAAAUACUUGUGCCAUUAAUCAGGAUGUGGUAUUGCCCAGGUAGACUGUUAUAAAAAAUAUUUGUAAGAUCGGACUUGCUCAGCAAAACUGCCAUUAAAGUAGUAUAAGGAGCUGACAGCACUGUCCAUGUAAAACGAACUUGCAUGUAUUUUGUGUACUUGCAUAGAGUUCGUGUCAGGUCCACAUCUACAAGAACAGCUUCAAAGCAUUUUAAAAUAACAGCUAGGGUCACUAGAUAAAUCUAUAUCUAAUUCUUUAGUAAUUAAGUGUUUUUUGCUAGGGCCAAUGCCCCUGUCAUCCCACCCCUUAACUGGCUUAUUCUGGGUAGAUCCAGACAAAAAUAUUUACAGAAAUGCUUGUAUAAUUUAUGCACUUACGCAAUAACUCCCACUAGUUACAGACCAAAACAUUCAGGGCUUGAGCCCUAAAACACUGCCCCUAGUGACUCCCAUGGAUAUAACUUAGCAUUGUAUUCAAUCUUCCUGUACUUACUAUGCUUACAUUUUCCAUCUAUUUAAUUGUUUUCUUUUAUUU